CUUCAAUAGAGUAUGACAGAGGAACAAUGUGAUUAUCUAUUCAAGUUUAUUAUCAUUGGCAAUGGGAAUUGUGGCAAAACAAGUCUACUAUACCACUAUAUUCAUGGAGCAUGUAAUUUAUCCGAUCAAAUAAGAAAUAUGUAAUGUAAGAUAGACACUGGGUGUUGAAUUUUCAGCUAAAAUAGUAUACGUGAAUAAAAAAAAAAUAAAGAUGUAAUUGUGGGAUACAGCAGGUUAAGAGAGAUAUAGAUCUUUGACUAAGGGUUAUUAUCGCGGAGCACUAGGAGCCUUAAUUGUCUUUGACAUUACUAAGUAAUACAUUCACAGUAAUUUAGCUCAGAAUCUUUUGAUGCCUUGUAAGAUUGGAUCAAACAUGCAAGAGACUUCUCAAAACCUUCAAUUCAGAUUAUAAUCAUUGGAAACAAAGCAGAUUUAGACAAGGAGAGGUAAUUGUAAUAUUAAAAAUGAGAACAAUUUCAGAGUAAACUGCAAAAUAGUUUUGUUAAGAGAAUGAUGUUCAAUACAUUGAAACUAGUGCGACUACUGGCUAUUAGGUAAAUGAGGCUUUUACGUAAAUUACAACCAGAGUUUUGGAUUUACUCUAAGAAGGAGCAAUUGAUGGAAAUAUGAUCAAACCUAAAUUUCUAACCUCUAAAAAGAGUGAGGAACCCUAACAUACAUAGCAAUGCAAUUGUUGA